AUGGUUAGAAAAUCAGGAGUCAGUGCUCUCUUAUGGUAUGUAAUGAGAGGGACUUCAUUGAGGUUACAUUCAAGAGCAGAACAAGUGCUACGGCUGUUGAUGGACAGCUCAAUAAUUAGUAUUGGUGAGGAAUUUUCUGAAGGUUCAGACACUGCUGUUGAAGUUGUGAUUGCUGCCUUUCAGAGAUUAUGUGAGGCGUUAGAGCCUAUUGAAUUGAAAUUGAUGUGGGAUUGCUUAUAUGAGGAAAUAACCGACUGUGUGAAUAAUGGAUACUUGUUACAUGUCAGUCGUCUUUUGUCCCUGCUAAUAUCUACCGUUCAAAUCGAAUAUGUGCGCAAAAUUUCUGAUUACCAACCAGUGCUUCAACUGGUUGGAUUGCUUGUGCAGACUUUUAUAAUGCCUUCUCGCGUAGUGACAGCUGAGGAUCAAUCAUCUGAAAUUAUUGAAAAAGUUCUGCAAUUGAUGCUUUGCAUUCUUGAUGGUCUCCAGAGUGCUAAUAACAUGUCAGCUUUUUCUAACUUGUCAGUGCAAUGGGCUCCAGUAUUUGAGCUAAGGAAUUCAAGAAGUUUGCUAACUUUCAUAGGAGAACUACUUUUAAAAGACCCCUGCAUUCUCCACACUUUCAGAACUAACAUUAUAAGUGGGUUGAAUCAUUUAAUAGAAUCUUUUGAGGAGGGAGUCAUUCAUUUGCUGCAAAUUUUCUGCGAGAGACUGCAAGUGCAAAGCUCUGGCCCCCUAGAUGGGACAUCCAAAGCAGGGCUUUCUAGGAUUUGCAGUUACUUCGAGGAGGCCAUUGCCAAUUGGAUUGGGGUGAUCAAUGAUGCAGCACAGGGAGAUCCAUCUCAUGUUCAUUUUCAAGAAACCAAGUUGGCUUUGCUGUGGGGAAUCAUUAACUGUUAUGUGGUAGAUGUCCAGGCAAAUCCAUCCUUGCUAAUGCACUUAGUAGAUGCACUUGAUCAGCUUUUGACAAUUGAAUCUGGGUUUCCAAAGAACACUUGGCAAAGCCUGAUUGGCGCUGCUUUGAGUUCGUACAAUAAGUUGCGUUCUGCUCAGAAAAGUGGGGAUGAGGAAUCUGCAGUAUGCAAAUUCUUGUAUCUUGCAAAAAGAUACAAGUCCUCUUCCCAAAUAUUGUCUUCUGUUGCUGAUUUUCUGGAUUCAGUGGAUGAGUCUAUGAUGCAAGCUGAUGUGGGCCCGGAAAUGUUUCAUCCAGAGCUUGGAUCAAGGAAUGUUGUGGAUGCUUUAGACAUAUUUACUGAAAAUUUGUGCCACCCAGACAAAAGGAUCCGUCUUUCUACCCUAAGAAUAUUGUGCCACUAUGAACCUCUAAGUUGUGAAUACCGUACAAAGGACCAGCCCGUUGAGAAGAAAUUGAGAACCGAAAUUUCACAGACUUGCCAGGACAAGACUGUCUUUCAGCUUCUCCUUUCGAUUGAAUCAACUCCCCUUUCCAUUAGUACUAGCAGGGAGAUCAUCUCAUUGAUAUCAAGAAUACAGAUGGAUAUAUCUGCUACGAGGAUACCUGAAACUUAUGUACCCUCUGUUUUACAUGGAAUUUUUGGCAUUUUCCAUAACAAAUUUGAAUGUCUAUGGGAUCCAGCUAUGCAGUGCCUUGCAGUCUUGAUUGGGCAGUAUUUUGGGUUGAUAUGGGGCAAAUGUGCUCAGUAUCUUGAACAAUGCGAGUCUAUUUUUUUUACAUCUCAGAAUAAAUCUGAUGGAGGCAGGACUGAACAACUUCAUCAGUCUGGUGAUUUGGUUGAGCGCUUCAAGUUAUUUGUUGAUCCUCCAUCUGUCAGCACGCAAUGUGCAGACGUUCUGUCCUAUUUGGUCCAGUCUUUAAAGAAAGUUCCAUCUGUCUCAGAAUCCGGGUCUCGACAAAUUAUACCUUUGUUCCUGAAGUUUCUGGGUUACGAAGUUGAUGAUAUUGUGAGUGUGGAAUCAUAUAAUUCACAGGUCUGUAAAGGGAAAGAAUGGAAAAAUAUCCUUAAAAAAUGGUUAGAUUUGUUAAAUUUGAUGCAAAAUCCAAAGUCUUUCUACCGAAGUCAAUUCCUCAAGGAAGUCUUGCAGUAUAGGUUUCUUGAUGAUAGUGAUGCUACAUUACAGGAGAAGGUUCUUGAUUGCCUGUUGAACUGGAAAGAUGACUUCUUAAUCCCAUAUGACCAGCAUCUGAAAAAUCUGAUUAUUGCAAAAAAUUUGAGAGAGGAACUCACGACAUGGAAUUUAUCCAGAGAAUCUAACCUUAUAGAUGAAGGGCACAGAAUUUACCUUGUGCCUAUAGUCAUUCGAAUUCUGAUAUCUAAAAUCAGGAAUUUGAAAACUCUGGCCCCUCGGAAGCGCAAAAGUAUACAUCAUCGAAGGGCAGUUCUUCGAUUCUUAGCUCAACUUGAAGUUGGUGAGCUUCCUCCUUUCUUUGCCCUGUUAAUGAAGCCGUUACAAUCAAUUUCACAAGGAGUUGAUCUGACUGGUAAUUGGCAUUGGAGUCCACCCGGAAGGUCUGAGAAUGAAUUUGAUUCAUCCAAGGUUUUGAAGCAUUUCACUAUGGACAACAUAAAUGCCCAUUCUUGGAAGACGAGAUAUGGUUUUUUGCACGUAAUUGAAGAUAUUAUUUUAGUUUUUGAUGAACUACAUAUUAGUUCUUUUCUUGAUCUCUUAAUGGGGAGUGUUGUCCGGAUACUGGUGAGCUGCACAUCAACUCUUGAUCGGACAAAGAGCAAUGGAUUGUCUUCUGAGGAAAAUGAUUCCAGCUUCAACUUGACCGUAAUGGAGAAAGAAGGUGGAGUGAUGAAUGAUAUCAUGACUAGCAAGGCUAUGAAGCAGUUCAAGGAUAUGAGAUCUCUAUGCCUGAAGAUUAUUUCUUUGGUUCUUAGUAAAUAUGAAGAUCAUGAUUUUGAUUCUGAAUUUUGGGACCUCUUCUUUAUGUCAGUGAAACCUUUAGUCGAAGGUUUCAAGCAAGAAUGUGCAAGUAGCGAGAAGCCAAGUUCUCUUUUCUCUUGCUUUCUCGCUAUGAGUAGGAGCUACAAACUUGUACCUUUACUAUAUAGGGACAAGAAUCUUGUUCCAGAUAUCUUCUCAAUUUUAACAGUCACAACAGCAUCUGAAGCCAUUGUAUCUUGUGUUCUCAAGUUUAUUGAGAACCUACUGCAUCUUGAGAGUGAGUUGGAUAAUGAAGACAAUUCUAUCAAGGGAGUGCUACUUCCUAAUCUUGACGCACUUGUCAGCGGCUUGCAUCGUCUUUUCACGUGUGACAAUGCGACAAAGAGGUAUAAAGAUUGCCCUAUGAUCUGCUUGUCUGUUGCCCAGAUGUAG